AUGCACUUGCAGCCAUUUUCUGCUCUUUGUGUGGGGUGGAUUAGCGGAGAGGACGGGACUGUACUGAGAGCAUCAGUCGCAGGAUACCGAGGGAAGUGGCACCCUUCCCCGGUUUGUUCGUACGCCGUGCUGCGCUGGCUUGUCCGUUCAUUUUCGUGCGGACAUGAGAUUUGCAGACUGGGCUGUUUUGUGAGUGAUCUUGCGUCGCCAUGACAACCCACGUGACUCUGGAGGAUGCCCUGUCCAACGUGGACCUGCUGGAGGAGCUUCCGCUCCCAGACCAGCAGCCAUGCAUUGAGCCGCCUCCCUCCUCCAUCAUGUACCAGGCCAACUUUGACACCAACUUUGAGGAUAGAAAUGCUUUUGUGACUGGUAUCGCCCGAUACAUUGAACAGGCCACCGUCCACUCCAGCAUGAAUGAAAUGCUGGAGGAGGGGCAUGAAUACGCUGUCAUGCUGUACACCUGGAGGAGCUGCUCCAGAGCCAUACCUCAGGUGAAGUGUAAUGAGCAGCCCAACCGGGUGGAGAUCUAUGAGAAGACUGUGGAAGUGCUGGAGCCUGAGGUCACAAAGCUGAUGAAGUUUAUGUAUUUUCAGCGUAAGGCCAUUGAGCGCUUCUGCAGUGAGGUCAAGCGGUUGUGUCAUGCUGAGCGCAGGAAGGACUUCGUUUCUGAGGCCUACCUGCUGACUCUGGGGAAAUUCAUCAAUAUGUUUGCAGUCCUUGAUGAACUCAAGAACAUGAAGUGUAGUGUCAAGAAUGACCACUCUGCUUACAAAAGAGCUGCACAGUUCCUCAGAAAAAUGGCUGACCCACAGUCUAUCCAGGAGUCCCAAAAUCUCUCCAUGUUCUUAGCCAAUCACAACAGAAUUACACAGUGCUUACAUCAGCAGCUGGAGGUGAUUCCUGGUUAUGAGGAGCUUCUGGCUGAUAUUGUUAACAUCUGUGUGGACUACUAUGAGAACAAAAUGUACCUGACGCCCAGCGAGAAGCACAUGCUGCUCAAGGUGAUGGGUUUUGGGCUUUAUCUGAUGGAUGGAAAUGUUAGCAACAUCUACAAGCUGGAUGCCAAGAAGAGGAUAAACCUCAGCAAAAUUGACAAGUUCUUCAAGCUCCAGGUGGUGCCUCUUUUUGGUGAUAUGCAGAUUGAGCUGUCUCGGUACAUUGAAACGAGUGCCCACUACGAGGAGAAUAAGUCAAAGUGGACCUGCACCCAGAGCAGCAUCAGUCCACAAUAUAACCUGUGUGAGCAGAUGGUGCAGAUUCGAGACGACCACAUCCGCUUUAUCUCGGAGCUUGCACGCUACAGUAACAGUGAAGUGGUGACAGGCUCUGGGCUAGACAGCCAGAAGUCUGAUGAGGAGUACAGAGAGCUGUUUGACCUGGCCCUCAGAGGCCUGCAGCUGCUCUCCAAGUGGAGCACUCAUGUCAUGGAAGUGUACUCAUGGAAACUAGUGCACCCUACUGAUAAAUUCUGUAAUAAAGAUUGUCCUGGCACAGCUGAGGAGUACGAGCGCGCCACACGCUAUAACUAUACCAGUGAGGAGAAGUUUGCCCUGGUGGAGGUGAUUGCCAUGAUCAAAGGCCUGCAGGUGCUGAUGGGCCGUAUGGAAAGUGUGUUCAACCAGGCCAUUAGAAACACAAUCUAUGCUGCGCUGCAGGACUUUGCCCAGAUCACCCUGAGAGAGCCACUCAGGCAGGCUGUCCGUAAGAAGAAGAAUGUCCUUAUUAGUGUUCUACAGGCCAUUCGGAAAACCAUCUGUGACUGGGAGGGAGCCAGGGAGCCCCCUAAUGAUCCAUGUUUGAGGGGAGAGAAGGACCCUAAAGGAGGUUUUGAUAUCAAAGUGCCCCGUCGUGCUGUUGGCCCAUCAAGCACACAGCUUUACAUGGUACGAACCAUGCUUGAGUCUCUGAUAGCGGAUAAGAGUGGCUCCAAGAAGACCCUCCGCAGCAGCCUGGACGGCCCCAUAGUCCAGGCCAUUGAAGACUUCCACAAGCAGUCCUUCUUCUAUACCCACCUCCUAAACUUCAGUGAGGCCCUGCAGCAGUGCUGUGACCUGUCACAACUGUGGUUCAGAGAGUUCUUUCUGGAGCUCACCAUGGGUCGACGCAUCCAGUUCCCCAUCGAGAUGUCCAUGCCCUGGAUCCUCACUGACCACAUUUUGGAGACCAAAGAGCCUUCUAUGAUGGAGUAUGUUUUGUAUCCAUUGGAUCUUUAUAAUGAUAGUGGAUACUACGCUCUUACCAAGUUCAAGAAGCAGUUCCUGUAUGAUGAAAUAGAGGCUGAGGUGAACCUUUGUUUCGAUCAGUUUGUCUACAAAUUGGCUGAUCAAAUAUUUGCUUAUUACAAAGCAAUGGCUGGAAGUGUCCUCUUGGACAAGCGCUUUCGGGCAGAGUGUAAGAACUAUGGUGUGAUCAUCCCUUACCCCCCAUCCAACCGCUACGAGACACUGCUGAAACAGAGACACGUGCAGCUCCUGGGUCGCUCCAUUGACCUGAACAGGCUGAUCACCCAGAGGAUCUCAGCAGCCAUGUACAAAUCUCUAGACCAGGCCAUUAGCCGCUUUGAGAGCGAAGACCUCACGUCUAUAGUGGAGCUCGAGUGGCUUCUGGAAAUAAAUAGACUGACUCAUCGGCUGCUGUCCAAACACAUGACCUUGGAUAGUUUUGACGCCAUGUUCCGGGAAGCCAACCACAACGUGUCUGCGCCGUAUGGCCGCAUCACACUACACGUUUUCUGGGAGCUCAACUUUGACUUCCUGCCAAACUACUGCUACAAUGGCUCCACCAACAGGUUUGUGCGCACAGCCAUUCCCUUCACCCAGGAGCCUCAGAGGGAUAAGCCUGCCAAUGUUCAGCCAUACUAUCUGUAUGGCUCUAAGCCUCUGAACAUUGCAUACUCCCACAUCUACAGUUCCUACAGAAACUUUGUUGGUCCCCCGCAUUUCAAAACCAUCUGCCGUCUCCUUGGUUACCAGGGAAUCGCCGUGGUGAUGGAGGAGCUGCUGAAGAUUGUCAAGAGCUUGCUCCAGGGCACAAUUCUGCAGUAUGUGAAGACUUUGAUAGAGGUAAUGCCCAAAAUAUGCCGGCUGCCUCGCCAUGAGUAUGGAUCACCAGGUAUCCUGGAGUUCUUCCACCACCAGCUGAAGGACAUCAUUGAAUACGCUGAGCUGAAAACGGACGUGUUUCAGAGCCUACGGGAGGUUGGCAACGCUAUCCUUUUCUGCCUCCUCAUUGAACAAGCGCUGGUGGUAAGGAAUUAGGUCUAACUCAUGUAACAAAACCACACAAAGACUAAUAGCACACUGUCGCUGGUCGCUGUACUUUUUUCCUUUUUUUUACUUACUCACUCUGAUGCCCUACUCUACCAUGGAUUCAAAGAUACAAAGAGCAGAAUCAGCAUAAGGACCAUCGGCUCCAUCUCAUCCAGCUGAAAUAUACAAAACAUGACUCUUCUUCUUCUGCAUCCAUGGUAGUGUAGGACACCACUUUCUGGCUGCUCGUGAUGUCCUGUACUGAUGCACAUCUGCUUUCAUGCACUACUCUAUUCGAUUGACUGUAGUUCUCUGAUGCUUGUCUUUUCUCUUUUCGUUUCUAAAUGUGUCUUUUGGAAGCAUACUGAAUGUGUGGGCCGAUCAUUGCACGCUGAUCUUUCAUUGACAUCGUUCUUGUCAGGGUGCAAGCCUACCUUGCUUGGUUUAUUAUUGUGUUUGAAGUGACAUGUCAGAAAUCGGUGUGCACCACAUUUCACUGAGUAUUUUACUGAAACUAACUACGUCUAGUGCCCUUUCUCCCAGGACCAGAUCUGCAGAGUCAUAAGGAAAUAAAGACAGACAUAUUGCCAUAUCUUAACUGGAAAAAAUUAUUUAAAAAUCAGGGUCAGUAACGGAAAAAAAUUAUGAUCAUCUUUUCUUGUACUUACUUAAUUGAAAAUACUUCACCUGCUUUUCACAGGAGCGACAUGGCUUAUCAAAACAAGGCUCAAAGGAUCCUAAAAGAACUGUUAGGUGCCAAAGCUCAUCAGACUGGAGUGGUUAUCAAAUAAUAUCAAAUAAUCUGAGGACUCAUGCACUUAAAAACACUGGAGCUCUUUAGUGUACUAUAAGAUCACUGAUCAAGAGUGAUGGGACGUUAUUACAGAAAACCAAACUGCUUUAUCAAACAGUGCUGCUGACCAUCUUAAGUAUGCUGACGACCACCUGAACAUUCUGCAGAGCUGCCGGGUAGGUGAUCUGUAAACAGAUGAGACAAAAGUUAGGCUGGUAAGUACUACAUACAUAGUACAUACUGUUACCUUAGGAGAAAGGGAAACCGUGCAUAUCAAAACCUUAUGCCACCUGUCUAGUAUGGUGGUGGGUGUAUUCGGUGUGACCUGUACUGCCUGCAGUCAAGAUGUUUUUGGCAUGCAUUAUGACAGUGAUCCAAAAAUACAUUACUUAACGGCAGAGUGCCUCAAACAGAAGAAUUUGAAUUCUUUAUUUUGUAUUUUAGAAUGGCCAUAAAGAUCUCGCUGAAAUCUGAUACGAAGCCGGCAGUUCUAUCUAAGCAAACAUGCAUGAACCAGAACACUUUUGUUUAGUAAAAUCGUCAAAAAUACUUUAACUCUUCUGGAGCUACAGAAAGGCAUUUGAUUGAGAUUAUUUUGGAUUUCGCUAAAAGUCUCAUAACCAGUUUCUUUUAUUGAGGCUGACCCAGAGUCACUGUAGCGAAUAUCAAAGGCUUUUUCAUUCCACAAAGCCAAAAUCAAACAGUAACAGAAAUAAAUUAGAAAUCAAAGGCAGAAAAUUUUAGAAAGCUAUAAUUUUGAAAACACUGUGACACCAGCAAAAGAGAGAUUGGUUGUGCCUUGUGUUCACUAGUGUCUAGAUAAAUAGCAGUCUGAAAUAACAUGAUUUAUUGCCAAGCUCAGGGUCAAAAUAAUUGUCAGAGCUCCCCAUGUGUCUAAUAAUUUUAGGAAAAUAAUGCUCGGUGGGCAAGUUUACUGCUAACUAGUCCUGCUAAAUAUAAGGAUUCUGCUGCUCUUUUCAACGGCUGUGAUUUUUGAACAUUUUGUUCCAUAAGGAUAUGGCAAUGUGAAUUGUUGGUUGUUUGUUAAAUUACACUGUGUUUAUUAUUAUGACUUAGACUAAGAUAUUCUCACGUUUGGAACCAUUCAUACAGAAAACCAUUUAUUCUUUGCGCUAUAAACUUAAAGUUUCAUGAUUUUUAAAUCCUUUUCAGGCAGUCUUGUAUUUUAUACCUUCUUCAUGUUAACUCUGGUUUAUACCUGUGUGAGAGUUUAUAGUCAGUAAUCAGCUUUUCUGAGAAGCUGAAGAAAGGAAAAUUCUUCAGGUCAUGCAAUAAAAUAGCAAUACGUCAUUUUAUCAUAUAUAAGUGGAAAUAGUGUUUGAUAUAAAAUCUGACAGUGGUGUAAUGUGUUUAUGUAAGGACAAACUGAACUGACUUCCAGGCUAGCUAAAAGUUUUGGACCAAAUGGCCUUUAAACCAUUCUAAACCAACUGUUCUCUCUCAUGUGUAUUCCACCUUCUCAUACGUAUAGUACAUUAUCACUGGAUGACUGUUUCAUUUAUUGCACUUCUGUGUGUAUGUGGGUUGGGUGUUUUGACAUUUGGAACAUUGGUUCACUUUUGUAUAAGGAACGGUUUUGUUGCUCAUCAUGCUUUUUCUGCCUG